UCUCACCCCCUAACACCCACACCAUCCAAAACCAUCUUUGCACAAGCCACUAGCUCACUAGUCACUACUCACUACUACCAGCCGAUCUACAUUUCUUCGUCAGAGUUCCAGAGACGCCAUGAAGUACUUGGGGCAGCUGGUGGUGGCACUCCUGGCCUUCUCGGCGGUGGUGCUGAUGAUGGCGCCGGCCGGAGCCGAGGCAGCGACCUGCAACGCGCUGCAGCUCACCCCGUGCGCGGGGGCUAUCAUCGGGAACGCGGCGCCCACGGCGUCGUGCUGCAGCAAGAUGAGGGAGCAGAGGCCGUGCAUGUGCCAGUACGCGCGCGACCCCAACCUGAAGCAGUACGUCAACUCCCCCAACGGCAAGAAGGUCCUGGCCGCCUGCAAGGUGCCCGUGCCAUCCUGUUAAAUCGACGCAUAUGGUCAGAGAUGAGAGAGCAGAGCUGGUGGCCUCCCUCUCUGGACGCUGCAUGUGUUGAUGUGUGAGUGUGUUCGGUUGCCGUGUGUGUAGCUACCCCGACGUAUCUGUAUCUGAAAUUCUGAAUAAAUGCAGUAAUAAUGAUGUGUGUUGUUUGUUUAA